AUGUAUAUCUAUUUCAUAACAGAGAAAAGUAACGAUGGUAACACUGCAAUACAGACAGAAGUGGAAAAGUAUCAAACUCGCAAGAAGGAACUACAAGGCGACCUUAUUAUAUUCUACAGAAAAAGGUGUAGUUCAAUACCUCUCUCACCGCUUCUUGAAGAAAUAAAGACACCUCUGGCUGGGUUCUACGUGAUGCCAGAUAUGGUCACCGUAAAACAGAAGUCCCUCACUUGUCAUGAAGAGGAGAGAACACCGAUCAAAUCUUUAAGAGACCUGUUUUCAACUGGGAGUGGAGAUCAGCACGAAAUUUAUCUAUCUGCUGAUGUAGGCUUUGGAAAAACUGCUUUCUCAAAAUAUCUUGCAAUCAUGUGGUGUCAAGCUCAUUGUCGUGAUGAAAACUACACCUGUUUUAAGAACAGCGAGUUGAAAGCGUUAGUUGACUUUGAGUUCGUAUUUUUGGUUUUCUUAAGAGACUGUACCUCUGUUUGUAACAUUGACGAUAUGAUUGAACAGCAAAUUACUAAUAAACUCCCUUCUUCUGCAACACUAUAUGAAGUUUUAGGUAGAGAAAAAUGCUUGAUUAUAUUGGACGGUCUUGAUGAAUGGACUCACCCUGUAAAUAGUUGUUGCGAACUAUCAGAAAAAAUCCCACAUCGGUACGGACGUGAUAAUUGUGUUAUCCUAACGACAACCCAACCGUGGAAGCUCGGAGUUGCAAAUCUCAAAACAAGUCAAAUAAACAAAAAAGUAGAAUUGGUUCAAUUAAGUGCAGAUUCCAUGCGGCAACUAGAAGAAAAUGCUAUUAGAAAAAUGACAGGUGCUCAUAACGAUAGAGUACUGAAGAUUAAAACACAUGACUUCAAUAAAGUGAUACAUGACCGUCGCCUAGAACACAUGCAAGUGAUUCCACUCCUCCUCAUGUAUAUAGUUUGCCUAUGGUGCAACAACAUUCCUAUUGGAAAUUCAAAACAUGAAAUUUACACCAAUAUCAUUGAAUUUCUAUUAUCGAGAACGUCAAAGAAAAACCCGGAACUUCAACCAUCUCGUGAAUUGUCUGCCAGUGAAAUUCCAGAAUACUUCAAAAGUUAUGAAUUUUGUAAAAAGUUUUACAGUCUUAUAACAUCAUUAGCGGAACUAGCUUACCAAACAUUAUUUAACGAAACAAGAGAAAAUACACUGGUAUUUGAUAGAACGGUUGCUGAUUUAUAUCUCAGAGCAGACAACAUGAAAUUAAGUCUUCUCUCAGGAAUACUGUCAGAAAGUAGAAGUAAAACUUUAAUCAGAGAAAUUAUAAAAGUAUCGUUUUCUCACAAAACAGUUCAAGAGUUCUUUGCUGCAAUAUUUAUAAGUUCUCAAAAUGAGGCUCAGAAAGCUGUUCAAGAAAAAUGUAGAAAUGUUCAAGACAUUCUGGACAUGUCAAAAAUUAGUGAAUUUAUAAGUGGAAUGAAUCCUGACCGGAUGUGUGUAAUAUCAAAUGAUUUGAUGUCUGUGAUAAAUGAAGCUGAGGAAACGCGGGACUUUAGAACCAGGACAGGUGAAGUGAUGAUGUACAAUAAUCCAUUGUAUAACAUACAGGAAAUGUUUAUGUCGUGUUUACAAGAAAUGCCUGAAAGUGAAUAUAUUCAUUUAUGUUUACAAGAUUUCUUCAUUGACCGGCACACCAUGCACAGUAAGCAGUGUCAACAUUUGUUAAAACAAAAUAAAACCAACAUAAAAUCACUAUAUAUAUACACCAGCAGUUCUUCCAGCAGUUUACGUGAAAUUAUAGAUUUGUUCUAUCUCACAGAUCUCGGUCAUAUACAGACACUUUACUACAGUGGUAAGGAGGAGGAGGCUGAGAUAAAUCGGAUAUUGUUUCCUAGUUUACAGUACGUUACUUUGUGGCGUGGUAAAUGGACAAAUGAUAAAGAAAAUCUGAGUGAAAAUUUGGCGCGAUUACAAAACUUACAAAAUUUAUAUAUUGCCGACUUCAAGUUAUCUCACAAAAUACUGGAAACAUUUUUCAAUUUUAUCUCCGGACAAAAAUCAAUGAAAGAGUUAACAUUGGACGGGUUAGACUGUAAAGAACAUGGUGACCAUGAUUGUAAGAGAUUGAACUUGGACUUGUCUCAACAUUCAACUCUAUCAAAGUUACACUUGUGGCAUUUACCCGGGAGGCUGCACUUAAAUAUAUCAACACCGUCAUUAGUUUAUGUUAAGUUGUCGUUCAUCAAUCUAGAUGAAAGUUCAGUGUUACUGUCACGUGACAUGUUGAAUAUUGAACGUGUGGUGUUGGGAGGGAUAGAAAUGUCUGCAGGAAGUUUACAGAACUUUAUUACCGUGCUGGAAAAUCUGCCGCAGUCAGUGACAGUAGAGACGCGUGCCAUCAAACCGGAAACAGAAUAUGCACGUUUUAGAGAAAAUAUUCGAAGAUCACAAACUUUUCAUGUCAUAGCAAACAGUGUCUUGUUUGGGAAACUUGAGUUCAAAACUAGGAAACCAAGAAUGGAAUGAUGGAUACAAAAUGGAUUUAGGACAUUGAAAAUCAAAUGUUUAACAGG